AUGACCCGACGUCGAUGCAACUCAUUGAGAGUCCUUAUGUAUGCUUACAUCCAGAAUGGUCGUCAAUCCAGCCGAGCGAUUCACGGAACUUGUACGCCGGAUGAGGCUGGUCCCGUCUGCCACUUUCACCUGAGCGUCUUCAACUCGGCGACCUACAGCUCGGCAGUCAAGAGUAGACUAGGGUACCCUAUCUGA